UUCAAAAAAAGAUUGCGAUAAUUAUUUAUGCAUUAAAUCUCUCAUUAGUUUUUUAUAUAUUAGUUGAAAGGCAUUACUGAACGUUUGCCUAAAAACAAAGUUGAAAAGUUUUUUUUUCGAAGUCAUAAAACAUUUUAUUAAUUUAAAUAACCAAAAAAUAAUCAAAUUAAUUAGCAAUUAUGAAAAUUAUAUCAAUUAUAUUAAUUUUAUGCCUCAUUCAAGUGUCACUUUGCGCUUAUCUUGACUACGGAUCAGAAUCGGCUUUAGUUGACAGUAGUAAUAACAGCGAAGACGAAGACUCAGUGGGCGAUAGACAACCGGAUAAUCCAAUGAUAACUAAACUGAAACUUCAGGCCGAUUCCGAUGCAGAUCUUGACGACGAAGAUGAGAGCAAUGGCGAUGGUUUGGUUAAUCAGGACGAUGACAACGAACCAGAUAUGCCUAAAGUGGACGCAACACAAGCACCGCCAGAACUACAGCCUCAGCCACCGGUAGCCAACCAGCCAGACAUUGCUGGUCAGCCUAGUCGUGGUUAUCCGGGAAUCAACGAACCGGCUCCACAGACACCCGAUUACAGUGCUUAUGCCAACAGAGUUUACGAGUGCCAUAGCGGUCAGUAUCAGUGCCAAAAAGUAGAGGCAUCGGCGCCCACCCGUUGCAUACCAAACGAGUGGCGUUGCAAUGGUGUCCGCGAUUGCGAAAACAACGACGACGAAAGCAGCUGUUCGGCCAGUGGCGGUACCGGACCCAGGACUGACAUCAAGUGCUCACCCGAACAGUACAAAUGCCACGGCGGCGCAUGCAUUGAACGACAAUAUGUUUGUGACGGCACCUAUCACUGCACGUAUGGAGACGACGAGGCCAACUGUCAGACACCGCAGACCUCGUUGCGCGACUAUAGCAACAGACAGGAUCGGCCGGCGUAUCCCAACUAUCCCUAUCAUAUAACCCGUCGCUAUGAGGCCACACCCGGUGCCAGUGACCAGACCACUGCUAACAGAGGAUCGGCGUCUGACACGGCUUCACGCGAUAUCUAUACGCGACCGCAACCGCAGCCACAAUCUGACCGAAAAUCAGAGGAAUACGUCCAACGAUUGGAAUGGAGAGACCGUUGUUUUAGAUCAUGUCUUAAAUAUUGAAACAAUUGAUUUAUUAUUAAUAUAUUUUUUAAAAUUUUAAAUAUUACACUCAUUUAUUUCUCAUACAUUUAUUUUAUUUGGCGACAAUUUUUUUUAAUAUAUACAAAGAGUAUAAUCCAAUAUUUCUCAUAGAUAUUAGAGCCCAGAACGAGAAGAUAAUUUUAUUAAUUGAUAAAAUGUUUCUCAAUUUAUAAACAAUUAAUUAUUUUGUGUUAUUUUUAUUUAAAAUAAACAUUUUUUAUUAUUGACUUUUUCAAGUGCAAUCAAUCACAUACACAUACAUAUAGUUUACACAUAAUAUUAUAUA